GUGGGGCUGCAAGAGGGCGUCUUCUUUCUCGACGAGUACGCCGGGUUCCAGGAUGCGCGCCGCGAGCGGCUGGUCAUCCUAGCGCCGGACGGCGCGAACCAGGUGUGCACGUUGACCCCCGACGACGACAGCUACGAGGAGGACCUCUUCGCGCCGGCGGAGGUGCUCGCGGCGGCGGCGGUUCGAAUGGGCCUCGCCGUGGCGCUCGGCGUGGCGGCGGCGCCCAACCUCAUGGGCGCGGGGGCCGGCCCUCGGCCGCGGCCUGGCGCCCGAGCUGCGGCCCCUCCGGUUGCGGCCGUGGCGAUGGCGGCUGCUGGGAUGGCGCCCGCGGCGGCGGCCCCCCCGGGCCUUCUGGUGGCCGAGCCGCCUGCGGCCGCGGCGGCGUGCGCGGCGCCCGGGGGCGUCGGCGGCGUGGCAGGCCUGGCUGCUGCCCUGGCGUUCCCGCUUGCGGGCGCCGCUGCGGCGGCCCCAGCCGCGGGCCGCCUCCGCCCCUCGUCGGGGCCGCCGCGGCCGCCGCGCCACCGGCCGCGGCCGCUGACCCAGCCGCGGCUGCAGCUCCCGUGGAUGCGCGGACGGCUCGAUCCGUGGGUCCUCAAGUUCAUGGAGGCCCACGGCGGCGCGCCGACGGGCCGCCACUCCCGGUGGAUGUCGGAGACCAGGCUGCAGGGCCAUGAGCUUGGAGUCGACGAGCAUGAGAGGGCUCGCCGCGCUCUGGAGCGCAUGGUGGUGCGUGAUCAGUUGAACGUGGCUAACCUAGCCUCAGAGGAGAUGCUGGCCAGGACGGUGCAGUUGCAGGAGAAGCGCUACCGCGAUCGAUUGGCGCCGGCAGUGGACUCCUCGAGCAUGGGAUCGCAUCUGCUGCUCGGCUCGGGCCAGCUGCGCGGCAACGCGCGUGCGUCGCCGCCCUUGCAAGACCACUGCCGGGACGAGCUGGCCAAGACGAACGCCUGCAGGUUGGAGCAGCGCAGAGCCAGAGAGGAGCGCGACUUGGCCCACCAGACAGAGAAGGGGCCGAAGGGCGACAAGACGUCUUGCAAGGAUGACAAGUGA